AUGCGGGAGCACCUGGUGAGGAAGCACAGCAUCCGCGACACCUUGCUCUCCCAGCUCAAGGACGACCAGACUUCCGAAUCCGACUACGCGGCGCAGGAAAACGCCGUGAAACGUUCCCGGCAGAUGACGCCGGAGAGCGGCCUCUACCACGCCGCGUCCUGCUCGGAACCCAGGACCGACGUGAUCCUGGAGCUGGUGCUGGAGAUGAUCUUCCGCGACCUGCACCCUCUUUCCAUGGUGAAGGACAAAGGGUUUGGGCUCCUCAUCGGAUACCUGGAGCCAAGUUUUACCCUCCCGUCGCCCGUGCAGCUCUCCAGCAUGCUGUGGCACCGGUACAACGUGGUGAAGCAGCACCUGGAGCGGUACUUGCAGACGGCGCAGGCCAUCGUGGUCUGCGUGGAGUUCUGGGUUUCCCAGCUCGGCCAGACCUACCUGACUAUCACGGCCAACUUCAUCGACGGGGAGUGGCGGCGGGCACGGUGCGUCAUGGAGACGCAGCAAGUGCACGAAGACAACGCGGAGGGCGAUUUAGGGGAGAAGCUGUACGCCGUCCUCUCCGAAUUCGGGUUGCCCAGCAAAUCCGUCUUCUGCGUCAUGCACGACAGCCCGCAGAGCGCGGCGGCGAACUCGCCGCAGCUGAAGGCGGCGUACGGCUGGAGCAGCCUGUGCUGCGCCGCGCGCACCCUUCACCUCUGCAUCAAAGCGGGGCUGGAAGUGGAGCAGGUACAAGAAGCCCUGAGCACCGCCCGGGGCAUCGUCAGGUAUUUUCAGCAGGACGCAAAAGCCACUUGCUCCUUGAACAGCAAGCUAGAAGCCAUCAAUAAAACCAAGCUGAAGCUGGUGACGGACGUGGGGUCGCGCUGGAUAACCACCAUCGAAAUGUGCGAGAGUCUCUUAGACCUGAAGUGGGCCAUCAUGUCCGUGCUGGAGGAACACCCCAAGGGCACGGCGGCUGUCCAGAACCUGGCCGACCACCAGUGGAAGCUCCUGCAGGACCUGGUACCGGUCAUGAGGACCAUCAAGAUCGCGACCUCCUUCCUGCGCGAGGAGCAGAACGUCUCCGUAUCUUCUCUGAUGCCUUGCAUCCACGGGAUCGUCGCCGCCAUCGGACAGCAGUCGGAAGAGGCCGGCGCCGUCAUCAAGACGGUAGUGGGCAACAUCAGGUCAGAGCUGACGCGGCGCUGGGGGUUAUCGGAGGACGAGAAAGUGCUAGAAAGCCCAGCAGUUAUCGCCUCUUUUUUGGACCCGCGCUUCAAGGAGAUGAGGUUUCUCAGCCCCAGCCUGAGAAGCGAGCUGCACAAGAGAGUCAAAAACAUGCUGUCGCAGGUUUUCAAUCACCAGUCCCCAUCUGCUACCCAGCUCUGGCUGCCAAACUCGGAUUACAAAGCCGAGGGCGGAGACGCGGGCAGCCAGCUGUCUGCUCACAAGGACAGAUGCUCGAGCACCCCGUCACAGAGCAUGUACGACAUCCUUUUGGGGAAGGACCCGACCGAGAGCAUGCCCGAGAUCCACCAGCAACUGGAAAACUACAUCGUGGAGCCCCUCUGCAAGCGCAGCACCAACCCGCUGGACUGGUGGAAGAACAACGAGCAUCGCUUCCCGGCCGUGGCGCGGCUGAGCCGGCAGUACCUCGCCGUCCCAGCCACCGCCGUGCUGCCCGACCAGGCCUUCGCCGCCGGCGAAAGCGCCCUGGAGCAUCGGCGAGCCGUCCUGGCGCCGGAGAACCUGGACCAAAUUCUGUUCUUGCAUCAAAAUUUUGACUUUUUAGAAUCGAUGAGAAGCGGUAACGAGACUCGGAACAGAACUCUGCACUAA